AUGGAAAAUGAUAUAACACCAACGAAAACGUAUUUAAGGGUUUUUUGUUCAGAGAGUAUUUGUAUUGAGUGUGGGAAAGACGUAUCUAACGCUGAUACAAGACGGAGAUUAUUCAACGGCACUUUAAAGUCUUUGGCGUGUGCGAAUUUAGAGAGAGUUGCAGGAGUUAUCUUAUGCAAAGAAAGUUGCCUAUCAAGCAUAGUCUGUCGAUCUUGCAGUGAAAAAAAUGCACGUUUAAUUUCUAAACUUGACGCUGUAAGAGAACAAUUUAAUUUAACUACAGUACGCUUGGCUGAAAAACAAUCUGAAUCAGUUACAAAACGGGAGAGAAAGAAAGAAACCUCUGAUAGUUCAGAUGCAUCUAAAAAUCCCGUCAAGAGGCGGGUUGUUUUCGCGCAAGAAGAUCCCAUUUCACAAACACAUGAGCAAACGACCCAAACCGAUGCUGUUCAAGUAUCAGAUGAAUUUUCGUCAGUGAAGGUAUGUCAUUAAAUGUAUAUUAUACAUUUAUGAGCUAUUUUAUAUGGCAAAUAAUAUAUCUUUGAACAAGUUAUUCUCUGAACUACUACAGAGUGUACAAUAAGAACAAAAUAAGGCCAUGUUUAGCUUAAAACCGGCAAAAACGAAGAACAUUGAGCCCGGACAAAACUUUACUGAUUCUUAUGAUAAAAGUGCAUGCAUAUACUAUAGGUAUGUUUAUUAACUCAGUUCAGUUAAAUACCAUGUCAAGUCCGUUAUGAGCAUCAGUUCUGCUCAAACAAAGGGGGACCCACAGAUAUAAACAUUGCCCAAAUUUUGAAUCUUUCGAACUUUUUUGAAUUGAAACGUACUCUAGUUUACAUUCAUUUACAAUUGCGAACCAGAAUAGUGUUAGAUAUUCAGUAUGUCUUAUUUUACAAAUAUAGCAGUUCAAAAUGUAAACAAAGGAUUUGUUUACAUUACAAACUUAAAUUGUCUUUAACAUUGUUCGUCUUUGAAACAAAUAAUUGUUUGAUACCCACUUUCUGCCUAACCAUAAUAUAAAUAAUCAGUAGGGUAACUGGUAUAGUACCUUAUUGGUUAGACUUUCGCAAAGUCCUUUUCAAAUGACGUCACUUUAUUUCGCGCGGUUCCGCUUGCGCCCUCAACUUUGCAUCCCUCUCAGCUUUCCGGCUUGUAAAAAAAUAUGGAAAAAGUUCCGAGGCGGACUUGUGGCAAGUCUAUUUAUUGGUGUGCAUUUGAUGUAUUUAAUAGGUUGUGAUCAAUUAUCCAAACAGUGCGACAAAAACAAUCCCCCUAUUAACGGAUUACCACAACGUUAUAAGGCAGUUAGCGCUUGGUAAUCCCAAAUCAAUUGUUUCGGCUUUUAUGCACGUCAGCACGUUGAAAGAUCAAGUCAUUGAGGCAACAACCCGGAGUAUAACAUGUGAACUCCAACAAUUGUGUGCUAAAACUACACCCUCAUUGCUACGUCAAACCACCAAAGAUGAUUUGAAACAUUUUACAUGGAAGAACGUUCAUGAUGAACUAAAAGAAAGAACACCAGUUUUUCUGCGUUUCAUAGAAGCAGCUGUACAAAACCCAUCCCAGAAACGAAAUGUGCAGAAAAAAAAUGAAGCCCUUAUUCCUCCCAUGUGUGAUGCGGCGUGCAAGCUCAUAUCCAUUUUUAAUGAGGGAAUGUGUGCUAUCAGGGUUAUCAAAAGCAUUAUCCUUAAGAAAGGUGGUCUUACAAAAGUGGGGUUCAAACGAUUGUCUUCUACAUAUGUUUGCAUGGGUUACAAUUGCACGAACAACAUUUUCGAGCGCUUUGGAAAGGACUUUGACUGUGACCUGUUGAAGUGGAAAAAACAAGUGGAAGAAGAUGUGAAAAAGGAAAAGGAAUUGUUGUCUGUGGUAAGCACUCUUGGUGGCAUUGCUUCGAAUGAAGAAUUGGAAUGUGCAAAUGAGAAAUUGCAACAGCACCGACAAAGUAUGCAUCCAGGUUAUUCACUAACAGGUGACAAUGUUGAUAUGAUUGUGAAACCUCGACAGAUGACCAAGCAACACCAGAAUAAGGAUCAUCAUAUGUUCCAAUAUGUAGCAUAUGAAAACCGUGUCUCUCCAAAUCACAUGCCUGAUGAUAUAACUGUUGCUGAUGUAAAUAAAGUUCCUUUUACCAGCUUCCUUCCAAGCGGAGAUGAACAGUUGUCCUUAAUUGACCAAUUUACAGUUCUUGUUUGCCAAAAAUGGGCCAAAUACAUACCUAACAUGGGUUGGUUUAAAGAUUAUAUGCCUAGCUACAUUCCCCACAAACAUAUGGAUGAUAUGAAAAAGAAAACUAGCAAGGUUUGAAAAAUAUUCUCAUUUGGGUUGAAUUUAAUCUUAACAUUGAAAUGAAGAUAACUGGAAUGAUACUUCCAACUGGAAAUUUGAAUACAAACUUCCCAGUCUCUUCACGCAUGCUAAGAGUGCUCAAUCAGGACAUGUCUGGGGGUCAAGAUUUGGCUAAAAGAUAGGCAGUUCAUCUGAUUAAGUAGGGUUCCAGUUAUAUUCAUUUCAAUGAGUCUUAAUGAGGUGGUAACAUAUACCUUUAAUACAUUAGUGUGCAUGACUGCGGGAACUGUAGAAAUAAGAAAGGGGACAGAGAGGAGAGGGUCCCCACGUAAUUUUUCUGUUCACCUCCCUCCCACCGUGUCAAGCAAAAUGUUACACAGAGUAUAACAAGGUAUAGCCAAUUUGGACACAUCUUAAUGGGUUAAAGGUAUGCAAAAUUAAAUUUUGUGAAUUUAGGAAAAUAACUGUAUUUCAUUUUUUCAGCGAUUGUUUUUCUGUUAGUUGCUAAGGGCACAAAUUUUAAUAUAUAUAUUCUUAUCACCGUUGCUUGUUUAAACUGAAACUUGCACCUUUUUUCACCAGAAAAAGCAUGAAAUUAUGAUAAACCGCAUUAAUCCACAUUUUUGCAAAUUUAAGUACAAAUUUUAUAAGUACAACUUUAUUGCUUAUCUUAAUGAUCAUGCAGCAAUUACAAACUUACACGAAUCGACAAUUAAUUUCUAUUUUACAUAAUGCUUAUUAGGUUCAUUUGGGAGUGCUUAGAAAAAAUGAACAGAAAGAAGAAGAUAUGAUAGAGUUACUGCAGUGGGCACAUAAAUAUGUUCCAGGUCACUCUGAGGAAGAAGGUCCCAAUGUUUUAUCAGCUAAAGUCCUAAAUGGCGGGGAUUACUUAACACAUGAAAGACACAAAAGUUCACAAUCAUCAAUGCAAGAUGCAAGAACGCCGUCAGCACAACUACUUGGUCUCCUGUCGAAAUUCGAAGACUUUCAUGCACAAUGUGAAUGGGUUAAGGUAAUAGCUACAUGAUUUGCUGUGAUACCGGAUUACUGCGUUACUAUUCCCCAAUUCAAAUAACCCCCUUUAUAGCAAGACAUUUAUUAAGCCCUACCCCCAUAGAUGUAGGCGGCUGCCCCAACAAGAUUAGAAAGUCGAAAAGUCGGGCAAAUGUUCAGCAAAAGUCGGGCAAAAGUCGGGCAAAAAGUAGUCAAAACAAGAAAAUCUCUCUUAAUAAUCCCCAGUAUGUUGGGGAAACAAAGCCAGUUGGGCAAUUUUCGCUUCACAGGCGGGCAGUAUUUGGUUAUUUUAAAUAUAAAUGGGAAAAAUUCUGUAAAAUUUUUUCAAGAACUUUUUUCUGAUUCAGUAUUUCAGUGCACACAUUAAUUCUGAACAGUUUUAGCAUCAUCUUUUUUAUAAUUUCAGGCUAGCUGUUAAAUUUAAUAUUUUAUUAAAGUGCCUAUGCAACGAAAUUUUUACCUCCUUUUUUAUUGUUUUUCUAAAAAGUACUGCUGGGAUGAUGAAGAAUGACGUUUACAGUUUCUUCAUAUCUCAUCUCAUUCCCAAGUUAACGCACUUUCUAUAUUUUGAAUUGUGACGUCAUUAGUGUGACUUGAGAUAAUGGCAAUAACAAGAAACUCUGAUAUCUUGGCGAGUAUUUAAUAAAAUUCAUUGAAACUUGGUACACUUAGUAGGUGCAACGAAGCCAACAAUUUGGUUGUUUAUAUAGUUGUUAUGGCAACACACUCAUCCCCAGUCCUUUCUUUUCCAAUUUCUAUAUUAUCCAUUUCCAGCAAAAUAAAUAGCAAUUUCUGCAAUUUUCGCUUAUUACUAUAAUAUGUUAUACAUGCAAACAUCCUCUGCAAGAGGUCUACAGGAGGAAAUUUGUGAAAAGGAAGAGAAGAGACUGGGGACUAGUGUGUUGCCAUGACAACCACGUGACCUGCAAAAAAUACUCUUAGGGUGCACCUACUAAGUGUACCAAGUUUCAUUGAAUUUUAUUAAAUACUCACCAAUAUAUCAGACUUUCUUGUUAUUGCCAUUAUCUCAAGUCACACUAAUGACGUCAAAAUGCAAAAUAUAGAAAGUGCGAUAACUUGGGAAUGAGAUGAGAAGGAACUGUAAACGUCAUUCUUCAUCGUUCCAGCAGUACUUUUUAGAAAAACAGUAAAAAAGGAGAUAAAAAUUUCAUUGCAUAGGCACUUUAACGCUAAAGGUGCAACGCAUAGUUUUGUUAAAUUAUUUUCCUGUCAAAUGUCAGAUAAUUUUACCUGUUAAAAAGAGACCCUUAGGACCCUUGUGUAUAUUAAAUAACAGUUUGACUAAACUGUCUAUACCAAUUGUUUUGUUAGCAUUGAGUACCAAUGCACAUUCAGGGCCAAUUUUAAUUCUAAAGUGGACUAAUUUCAAUUUUUAAUUAAACAGGUAAUAUGGUUCCAUUUGUAUGACACAUCUUCUGCUAGAGAUGUUGGAACCAUAUACCAUGCAAGGAAUGUCAUUGAUGCCAGAAAUGUCACCAAGGAUCCUAAGAACAAUUACUACGCAGCUAGUGAAUUAUUAGACAAGUUCCUAGAUGCUUAUCUAAUUGCUGGUGCAUUGCAGCAUUUUGGAAUGGCCUCUAUUGAUGAUGAACCUACAGUUAAUACAUAUGGUGGUCUACCAAAUGAUACUGCACAAAAGGAGGCUUACGUCAAUAGUACCGUGCACAGUUUUGUGAAGAAGUAUGUCAUCAAUCAAGUUCCUGAAUUAAGCCAAGAUGCACCUGUUAGCAAUGACCUGGUGUGCAGAUUUUGCGGUAAAAAGUAUGCUCGGCCCACAUACCUCAAGAAACAUGAAGAGCAAAGCAUGGAUUUAGGAGUGAACAUAGCCCAGAAAUUACAGGCAAGUCCAAGAUCGAAGAUGGCAUCUACAACUACACCCAUAAUGUGCUAG